AUGAGACAAGACUGUUUGGUGUCUGUGCAUGGUGUUACAAAACCAUAUAAUGCACCACAAACGAAAAGGAGGUGGAGUUCAGGUACCACCAUACUACCAGGGAGAUCAACCCGAGGUUCAAAGCUUCCACUUAUCCCCCUGGGGACCCUGUCGAUUAAACAACGGUCUGGUCUGACAACUUCAUACUUUGUCAGAGCAGUCGCUGUAAAUUUACCUGCAAGUUUGUUAACUAAACUACAGCAAGUGUAUCAACAUUUAUCUAAACAAAAUGAAUCAAAGAAUUGUGGUAACACUUGUGAUAGAUUUGAUAAACAGUGUAUCAGAGUGUUUUUAAAAACUAAAAUGAAUGUCAAUAAAUUCACAAGCAAAACAGGCAAUCUUUUAGAAGUUGAAAGAGAUGCUGAAAUAAGUGAGAGCAGAGUUCUUGAAGAUCUUGACAAGUGUAGUUCUGGUCCAUCUUAUCAUCUGGUUAAUGUAUUGUUUGGUGUGAUACCGAUAAGCUCUCCAAACAUUCAUCUAGACUAUGGAGAUUCGACUCUGCCAGCAAAAGAUAUACAGUGUAUAAAUACACAACUCGAUGAAUCUCAGCGAGAAUCUGUCCGGUUUGCUCUACAGCAACGAGAAGUGGCAGUCAUACAUGGACCACCUGGUACUGGUAAAACAACGACUGUUGUGGAGAUCAUUUUACAAGCGGUUAAACUGAAAAUGAAGGUUUUAGCGUGUGCACCAUCCAACGUAGCUGUGGAUAACUUGGUGGAGAGAUUAGGAAAACAAGUGAAAAUUGUUAGACUUGGUCACCCUGCUAGACAGUUACAACACACUCACAAAUACUCUCUGGAUGCUAUAUUAUCACGAAGUGACGGGGCAAAGAUUGUACAAGAUAUAAGGAAAGAUAUCGACAAAUCACUGUCAAAAUGUAAGAAAACAAGAGAAAGGGGAGAGAAAGAAGGCCUGAAAAGAGAAGUCAGGGAUCUGAAGAAGGAAUUACGACAGCGUGAGGCUGCUGCUAUUAAAGAUGUCCUGAUAACAGCUGAUGUUGUCUUGACAACCAAUAUUAGUGCAUCACUUGAUGGACCAUUGAAACAAUUAAAAGCAGAUCACUUCAGUCUUGCUGUAAUAGAUGAAUGUGCACAGGCAUUAGAAGCCAGCUGUUGGAUUCCAUUAUUACAAGUACCAAGAUGUGUGUUAGCCGGGGAUCAUCAACAGUUACCACCUACAGUUAUAUCCAAUCAAGCUUCUAAGGAUGGAUUAUCUGUGAGUUUGAUGGAGAGAAUUAUUGACUUAUACGGAGAUGGUGUGGUAAGAAUGUUAACAAUACAGUACAGGAUGAAUGCAGAUAUCAUGAAAUGGUCAUCUCAACGUCUCUAUGAUGAUAAGUUGCAAGCCCAUGAGUCUGUGGCUUCUCAUCUAUUGAAAGAUCUGCCCAACAUAGAGGAAACAAAAGAUACAUGUACGGCAUUAGUGUUAAUUGAUACAACUGGAUGUGAUCUCCAUGAAUUACAAAUACCAGAUGAGAUGUCAAAAGGGAAUGAAGGUAACAAAUAUAUUCAGAAUAAAUCAUGA